AUUUUUGGUUUAGAGAAAAAAUAAAAUGGAGGAUCGUGAAGAGAGGAUUUAUGUAUCCGCGAGGUUAAGAACAUUGAAUGAAAAAGAGAGAAAUGAUGUUUCUGAUUGGGAAUGUAUGAAUGACACAACUAUUAUCUACAACAAUGUUAGCUCUUCCCCAUCCGAACGUAUAAUGUAUCCUUCUGCAUAUACCUUUGACAGGGUAUUUAGCAGUGAUUGCUCGACAAGACAGGUGUAUGAAGAAGCAGCUAAAGAAGUUGCUCUUUCGGUUGUCAAAGGAUUCAAUUCAAGUGUUCUUGCCUAUGGACAAACAAGCAGCGGAAAGACAUACACUAUGACUGGAAUAACUGAAUAUGCUAUAGCAGAUAUCUAUGAAUACGUGAACAAGCACACAGAAAGAGACUUUGUUUUGAAGUUUUCUGCUAUGGAGAUAUACAAUGAAUCUGUCCGAGAUCUCCUUAGUGAAGAUAACACUCCACUCCGUCUUCUAGAUGAUCCAGAGAGAGGGACUGUUAUUGAGAAACUCACCGAGGAAACAUUGAGGGACUGGAGCCAUGUGAUUCAUCUCCUUUCUAUUUGUGAAGCUCAGAGACAGAUUGGGGAGACUUCCUUGAAUGAAACAAGCUCUAGAUCUCACCAAAUCAUCAGACUGACAAUUGAAAGUUCUGCUGGUGAGCACAUAGGCAGGGACAACGAUUCGAGUACCCUUUUAGCUACUGUGAAUUUUGUCGAUUUGGCUGGAAGUGAGCGGGCAUCUCAGUCAUUGUCAGCUGGUACAAGGCUGAAAGAAGGCUGUCACAUAAACCACAGUUUACUGACCCUUGGGACUGUUAUUCGUAAGCUAAGCAAGGACAGGACCGGCCACAUUCCUUUCCGAGAUUCAAAGCUAACGCGGAUAUUACAGCCAUCAUUGGGUGGCAACGGUAGAACUGCCAUCAUCUGUACAAUUUGCCCUGCACGAAGUCAUGUUGAUCAAACAAGGAAUACUCUACUGUUUGCAAGUUGUGCCAAGGAAGUAACUACAAAUGCCCAAGCGAAUAUCGUCAUGUCAGAUAAAACAUUAGUGAAGCAUUUGCAGAGGGAGUUGGCAAGAUUGGAAAGUGAGUUAAGGUAUCCCAGAGCUUGCAUAUUCCCUUCAGAUUACGAAGCAUUACUGCAAGAGAAGGACCAUCAAAUACAACAGCUGGAGAAGGAGAUAAAGGACUUAAUUUUGCAACGCGACAUUGCUCAGAGUCAAGUUAAAGAUCUGUUGAAGCUGCUUGGGGAUGAUGUAAUACAGGUUGGUUUCGGACACUACCCAAAUUUACGUGUGAAGAGAUCACCAGAUUAUCAAAGCCCAAUGCAACAGAUUUCCAUUUUGAGAGACACCCGUCACGUAGAUGUUGAUGUUAGAGCACGUUCAAUUGGACAUAGCAGGUGUAACUCUGAGGAUCAGUUUAUACACGUGUCAGAAUUUGAUGAAACCAUCUUUCGCAACAAUGCAUUUCCAAUGCUAUUAGUUGGCAGUUCAAAUAAUAGCAGAACUGAUUCAUGUCCGGGAUGGGAUGAAGCUGAAAAACAAAGUAAUGAGACUUCUGAAGAACUAUGCAGGGAACUUCGUUGCAUUGAAACAGACGAAUCAAGUAUGAAGGGAACACAAAUAUUCAAUUGUUCACUUCCUGUAGAAAAUGGUGGCUUUCCAGCUUUACUAACCAUUAUAAAUGGGGAGAGAACGAAUCACGGAACAAUAUCACAUCUUGAAAAUGGACACAGAAGAUCAGUGACAUCUCCAUACAAGGAGAAUGGGGAGUCGAAAUCAUCACACUUUAAAGAAGACCAAGAAUCGGUGUCAUCAUCAUUUUUCGAGGAAGGUAGGAAGUCCAAUAGAGAUACAAUGUCAUUUCCCUUAGGGAUUGAGCAAGCCCUUGAAUCACCAAAGUGCAAGGACAACAAAGAGCCGCCCGUGACAUUGUUGUUAAAAGAAGAGAAAAAUUCAGACUGUGUUCAUUCCUCAAAUGCUCCUCCAGAAAAAUUAUCCUCACCGUGUGAUCUUAAUGAUGAUUUAUCAUGCAAUAGAAAUUUGAAGUUAUGUAAAAGUACAAGUUGCAAGGCUAGCAUAAUUACUGAUCGAUAUUCUCCAUGCUCAGAUGAAUCCAACAGAACUGAUGUUAAGUGUUCUUCAAGAAAUGGUUCCACAAAUAUUGAACUUGAAGUUCCAAAAAGGAAACCUUUAACUGAUGAGGAGGUCAAAGAUGCUGAUGGCGCAUGCAAUGCAAUGACGAAGAAAAUGGAUGAGCUUCAACAUAAAACGAGUGUCAAAGAUUGUCCGGUUCAGGAGGCUGAACCAGAACAUGAUACAACUUCAAAGAGCGUGAGAGAUGCUGAGCCAGCAGAAGAUGAUUACAAAAGUCGUUACAGUUGGCCCUCUGAAUUCAAGAGACUUCAAAAAGAGAUUAUUGAACUUUGGCAUACUUGUAAUGUAUCCUUGGCACACAGAUCAUACUUCUUCCUUCUCUUCCAAGGUGAUUCAACGGAUGCUAUAUAUAUGGAGGUUGAAAUUAGAAGAUUAACCUCCCUUAAGGACACAUUUUCACGUGGUGAGAAAACAGUUUCCAGUGGUAGGACUUUGUCACUCGAGGGAAGCAAGAAAGAUAUUCGAGAGGAGAGACGGAUACUGAGCAAGCAAAUGGAGAAAAAGUUGAGCGAAGCAGAACGAGAAGGGCUAUAUGUUAAGUGGGGAAUUGGGAUCAAUAGCAAAAGAAGAAGGUUACAGUUGGCAGAGAAAUUAUGGAGUAAAACAGAUGAUAUGAACCACAUUGCAGAUAGUGCCUACUUGGUAGCAAAGCUGGCUGGCUUCAUGGAACCAGGAAAAGGUCCUAAAGAGAUGUUUGGACUUGAUUUUCCAGGAUCAAGUACAAGUUACAGUUUCAAAACAGGCCUCAAAUCUCUUUUGUAAUAUUUGCUGAUAUA